GCACGCCCCCUUCAGUCUGCCCUGAACUACUGUGUGGGACCUCCGGACAACAGCGGGACCACAGCGCAGACCAACCCCACCAUGACCGCUCCGAUCUGGGCUUCGCUUUACUCCGCCGCGCUGGCUCUGGUUCUCCUGGGCUCAGCUUCCAGCGAUGAUUACUUUAUAGAUGAGCAUGUCGUCCCCUCUCCCCAACAACCCCUUGAAGAAGAAAUGCCUCCAGGGAUGGACAUAAUGCAGAGGGAGCUGGACCUGUCAGAGCUCUUGGUUGGUUUAAAAGAAGGACCCGUAGCGUUUUCUCCCAGAGCAAGUCGCCCCCGUGCUUUUGUCCCUGUAUCCAAGUAUGAUGUUCAGUUCCCUCUUGCUCUCCCCACGGCUCAAAACAUACAAAACAUCUGUCUCCAUGGAUUUCGUCGCCCACGGUACCCCGAAUCCUACUUCCCUAGUUCUGGUUACGGCGUGAGCAAGCGACAGGCCGAUGCGGUGAACACUCUGGAGGCCUGGUUUGUUACAUGCUGUAUACGGGGGCAGACAGAGGAAGCGCGCCUCUGUUGCGCCAUACAAGCUUGGGAGAAGUCUAUCAGUCAUUUUUGUGAAGUUGGUUUUAGAAUAAAGGCUCCUCAAUUCUACUGCUGUAAACUCAAUAAGAGCGAGUGGCUGCCAUGCUUUGACCGCUCAGCUCAAAACCCAGAAUAUAACCCAACGGAGGACUCACCCGUGCAGCCUGUGCUCACCGAAAACAAAUUCAACUUUGACCCCAGCUCCUGCCCCGGAGCAUCAUUGACUCCUCAGAGCAUAAGAGAUGGAAAAAGAGGGGAAAAGAAAUCAGCUACCCCCCUCAAUGUGGAUCUGGACUUCCCUCUCGCUGCUCCGACCGAUUCUAACAUAGGGUCUGUCUGUCGUAAUCUCAAAGUGCGACCACAUUACAACAUCAAGUGUCUGAAAGGUCUGGACCAAGUGGCUCUUCAGGCAAAGUCCAUCAACACCCUCGAGAAAAAUUUCAAAGUCUGCUGCAAAAACAAUAACAAAGAGCGUAUUCUCCCCUGUGCACAGAAAACAUGGCAGGAGGAGAUGAAAAAGUUCUGCGUCGCUUCUAAACACAAAAGGAUUGAUUUCCCCUGCUGUGACGGUGGAGUUCAGUUUGAGUGCUUUAAAAAUAUCUCCACAGACCCUGACUAUAGCAAGACUCUUACAAAGAAUCUCUCAUUGAGCAACAUGUGUGACACUCACAAGAUUAUCACGAAGAAGUUCUCAGUCGGAGUGCCUCUCAAAAGUGUGGUGAGAAAAUGCUGCCACCUGUCGCCAAUAGAGAAAAGUACAUGUAUCGCUCAAUCGGUGGAGGAACUGUUUGUGUCUACUUGUUCAUCCAGAAAGUCUCCACCAUCUGUCAAACGCUGCUGCCGUUUGUCAUCUCCAGAGUGUUUCCAUAAACUUCUCAUGGAUGCCAUCAUCAAGGCAACCUCACGCCAGAAAAAGAAAAUAUGCCCAGUGUCUUAAACCUGUGACUACCCUGUGCAGACCCUACUGGCUAGGGCCUUAAGACAAAGUACUCAGAAGUGUGAAACUACAAACUAUUGUAUCUUUUACAAAGAGAGAAAUUACAUAAAGAAAGAAUGUUUUAACCUACUGUAGGCCUGUACCAAACACUGUAGGGCUAUAUGUCAGAUUGUCUCUACUACUAUUUUUAUAGAGGUCUUUUCACAGAGUGUCCAUGUUUCACCAAUAAUAAAAGUUAAAUGUAAACCAACACCUGUUAAGAUUUUUGUUUUAAAUGGAAAAAAUAAGCGAUCAAAAUAAAUAAAUACAAUAAAAUAAGUUUUAUGUUUA